AUGUCUUACCGUCUACAAAACAUCCCCAUCACUACCUACCAGCUCCAGGCGGUGUGGGGAUGUUAUAGUGUGUUCCUGGAUGUUCGCGGCUGUCGACAUUUGGAAGGCGCCUCAUGGAAAUCACCAGACUCUUGCACUCGUCUCGCCGUGCACAUCAGCGGGAGUGCAGACGUACUGACGCAGCGGUAUGUGAUGCGAUCAUUGCCCAACCAGCCACCUGCGUACGGAUACUGGCCGUGGCAAGAAACGGUCUUUGGACUGCGGCAGUGCCGAGAGCAACACAAGUUUGAGCAUCGUAGUCGAAUGACUUGGAACCUUUCUCUUCGCAAACCCCGCAAACCAACCUGGAACUACUCCGUACGGGACUUUGGGGGGCCAUCUAAGUCUUCAAACUUCGACGCCCCCUUGGACUACCAACCUCUCCCCCCUGCCACAGAGCAUCACAGCUCUUGGCUGGGGAUAUUCGAGAAGAAAAUGCCGCGAUUCUCCCAGGUCACAACUAGCUAUGACCAAUCUGCAAGCGAUCCCACGAUGGACGAACGCCGCGACGGCGCUUGGGACUGA